AUGGUAGAUAUCAGGACUUGUUUUGGUUACACUUUCGAAUGGACGAAGGACCAUAUCCCGGAAGACGAAUUGAUACCUUACCAGUACACAUAUGAUACACUGGCCAGUAAAGCGCUGGAAAUAAUCGAUCAGAUAUCACCACCACCACCAACAGGAGCAGGCGUGGGUUGGGGCAAAAACUCGUUCAACAAAGCGGAGUCCACAGACCGGGACUUGUAUGUUCUUCUGCGAGACAACAAGGACAAAGAUGAAACUCUGAAAGAGUUAUGGGAUCAAAUCACCAUAAUUCCAGACUGGGUUGACUGGAAACAACUCCAGCGGGGCCAGGAUGUGCUAUACAGAUACGCUGGACCAGCGUUAUUGGGAUUUGCUCUCCAUGGCCUUGUUGGAUCAGUUGGUGCAUCGAGUCGACCUGCAGAGACAUUGGUUCGCACAGGCGGUCAUUCCGUCAAAGUGGCACGACAUCGAUUUUUCGAGACAUUUCAACUUCUGCUACAAGUGACCCAGUCAGUCAACAACAUCAAGCCCGGUGGAGAUGGGUUUAUCUCCACAGUGCGUGUACGCUUUCUACAUGCGACUGUGCGUAAUCGAAUUCUCAAAUUAGCCGGUCUGCGGCCGGGUUAUUACAAUGAAGAAAAAGGCGGAAUACCAAUCAAUGAUCUUGACGCCAUUCAAUCUAUUUGCGCUUUCUCCACAGAUCUUCUGUUCAUGGCUUUACCAAGCCAGGGGGUACACCCUCGUGGACAUGAGAUUGAUGACUAUGUUGCGCUGUGGCGCUGGAUAGGCCAUGUCAUUGGUGCUCCUGUCUUCUACAUGGAAUCUGCAACUAAAGCAAAAGCGACAAUGGAGUCGGUGAUGUUGAACGCUUUGAAACCUUCUGACAACUCUAAGAUCCUCGUCCAAAAUAUUUUGAAAGCACUAGAUAAUGUGUCUCCAAUUUAUGCAUCCCGUGAAUGGUGGGAGGCGGGAGGUCGAGUCCUCAAUGGUGACGAACUCAGCGAUGCGAUCGGCUUGAAUCAGCCCAGUCUAUACUAUCGAUUGCUUAUUCUGGGCCAGUGUUGGACUUUCAAAUCACUCAACUAUUUCACACGGUCUAUUCCCUCGGUAGAUCUUUGGUGGAUUGAGCUUGAGACAACGAAACGAGUCGUUUGGAACUAUCUCAUCGAGAGCAAAGACGGUUUGGGCAAGCCAAGCAGUUUCAACUUUAAAUAUGUGCCAGAGAUCAACGAACGAACAGGUACUAAGAAUGAAGAGAAGUCGGACAGUUCUCAAGUUGUCAUUGGACUGGAGGGUCUCGUCGUGACUGCUUGUUUACUCCAAUUGGGAUUCUUAUUAUUACUUCUCAGUCUGUUUUUCACUACUAUCCAUCUAUCCGGUAUCAAAAUACCCAUCGCCCUCUGA